GACGGUAUGGAGACCGCCCUGGGAAGAGAUUAGUUACAUUACGACGGACGGAGGAUUGAUUAAGGGCUGAUCCAGGGCUGAUCCAGGGCCACAGGCGGUGAUGUCAGAGCAAUGCUGGCUGGAGGGAGGAUCAGGGGAUCCCUUCUGGAUGUAGAUAGAGACUUGGAACGACUUGGACGAGGCAUGAUUCAGAAAUCCCGAUCCGUCCACCGCCAUCGCCAGCUUCGCCGCCCAAUCCCUGCCGCCGCUCGGAGGAACGUUUCAUCCGAUACCCUCAUCGGGGGCGGUGAUUGGCCCGCCGCCUGUCGUUGCCACCCAGCCGCGGUGCCACUAGUCCCCAUUAAGCUCAGACGUCAAUCGAUUACUUACUUACUGGUAAGGAAUCGAUGCUUCGACGCCCUUUCCUCCCCUCGGCUUCAAGAAUCCGAGUGUCUCUCCCUUGUUGCCCUCUCCACUUCCCAGCCCCGACCUCCCCUCACGCAGGGAAAGAGUCCAAGCUACGUACGGAGUACAACAUUACCCCUAUCCCUUGGCUCGACGGCUGGUUCUUUGCAAGAUGGCACCGUGGGGGCUCUUAAUUCACAGUAUGGAGGUUUGGCUUGUAGCUCGGCUGCUGCGAAGCCAAAUGUUUCACAGGAUGGUCGGGAGCGCCUAUCGCAGAUUUAAUGGCAUCCCACCCCCGCCGCGGGAUCAGUCUGGUAUGAGUUCUCCCGCAUAGGAAUGCCCGUCCAAGUGGUCGAGACUGGUGUGGUUAAUCUGCUCCUUGUCUAGAUACGGACCCGAAUAAAUUCCUCCGGUUCUUCAUGGAAGAGAUCAGGGAUCAGAUGAAGGGGAAGAAACCGUCCAAAAAGGAUUGAUUCACGGGGAGGGAAAAGUAAGUGAAGGCUCUGCUCUUUUUCGGCGUUUUUUGUAGGGCUUGAUAUCCAUUACUUUUUUAUACCCAGCAAUUAUGGUGCUUUCGUUGC